UGUCUCGCAAAGCACUAUGGGUAGACGUUCUACGCCCAAAAUGGCGGCAGGUUGAAAAGUUUGUUGCUGUAUUUGUUUUAUUUUAUGAUACUUUAUCGGUUCCUGUGCCCCUCUGAAUAAAUCUGUAUUUUUAUCACGAUAAAGAAGGAUAGCGGUUUAUUUCCGACCCACGAACACGUGAUCUGGAUCGGUGUUUUGUUUUUUUAGCUCGGUAAAGCGCCUCCGUUGACGUGUGUGAGGCUGAUGGCACUGAACUCGUGGACAGCACUGCAUAUCUAAUACAGUUAAAAUGAAGAGCACUUGUACAUAGAGAUGGAGGAUGAUGUAAAGAAAGUCAAAAAGCCAGGUAUUGUGUCUCCCUUCAAGCGGGUGUUUCUGAAAGGAGAGAAGGGGAGAGAUAAGAAGGCUCUGGAGAAGUCCACUGAGCGCAGGGCCCUCCACACCUUCUCCCUCUCUCUCCCGGACCACCGUAUCGACCCAGACAUUCUGCUCAAUGACUACAUUGAGAAAGAAGUUAAGUAUCUGGGACAGCUAACAUCAGUUCCUGGAUAUCUGAAUCCCUCCAGCCGCACAGAAGUUCUGCAGCUCAUUGACAAUGCCAGGAAGUCUCAUCAGUUGGCAGGGCAGCUGACAUCAGAGCAGGAUGCUGUUGUCAGUUUGUCCGCAUACAAUGUGAAGCUUGUGUGGCGUGACGGAGAAGACAUCAUUCUUCGUGUACCCAUCCAUGACAUUGCAGCUGUGUCCUACAUCAGAGACGACUCACUCCACUUCGUGGUGCUAAAAACAGCUCAGGAGCCCGGUGGUUCCCCAUGUCAUAGUACAGAGAUGUCAAAAUCUCCCACUCUGAGCUCUCUUUCUGAGAGCGGGGCUGUGCUUGUGGAGGUCUGCUGCUUGCUUGUGCUAGCCGUCGACAACAAGGCUGCAGCAGAGGAGCUCUGUCUUCUUCUCAGUCAAGUCUUCCAGAUCGUCUAUACAGAGUCUACCAUUGACUUCCUGGACAGGGCCAUCUUUGAUGGAGCCACAACACCCAUCAGGCAUCUCUCGAUCUGCAGCGAAGACUCCUCGAGCAAAGUUGAAGUCAAAGAAGUGUUUGAGGCAGAGACAAGCACAUUUUCGUUCCAAAGUUCUCUAGAGGCAGGACACUCCCCCUCCUCCGUCCCGGCCUCGCCACAAAACAUAACAGCCAGUGACAGUGAACUAAGCACAACGGCUGCUGAACUGCUACAAGACUACAUGACCACAUUGAGGACAAAGCUGUCAUCUCAGGAGAUCCAGCAGUUUGCCACACUGUUACGUGAGUACAGAAACGGAGCCUCCAUCCAUGAGUUCUGUAUCAACCUGCGUCAGCUUUACGGAGACAGCAGGAAGUUCCUCCUCCUGGGACUGCGGCCUUUCAUUCCUGAGAAGGACAGCCAGCAUUUUGAGAACUUUUUGGAAACCAUCGGCGUGAAGGACGGCCGCGGCAUCAUAACGGACAGCUUUGGGCGUUACAAACGUACGACAAGCUCUGCGUCAGACUCCACCACUAAUGGAAACGGUGCUGCAGGGGGUUCGGAUGAAGGAACGACCAACUCUGAGGGCGACGAAUGGGACCGCAUGAUUUCAGACAUAAGCAAUGACAUUGAAGCGUUAGGAAGCAGUAUGGACCAGGACGGCUUGUCCUCUUGAUGUCACGGCACUCACAGUGUGCUUCAGCCAAUCACCACUUGAGAUAAUCACAUGGGCCACUGGUCCAUAUUGCUGUCCACCAAAUCUGACAAUGCUGGAGUUUGGAUACUGUAUGAAUACCACUUCUAGGCCAUCAUCCUUAUUUUUAUAUGUUGUGCCAUAUUAACACAAGCAGGAUUUUCAUAUUUGACAAAUGUGAUUUUCAAGACCUGUGAUAGAAGGAUCGUAUUUUGCUGUUAAAAGCAGUCGUGUUCUUCUGGGAUGAUUAUUGGCAGUAUCUGCUACCACUAAUGAGAAACCUUGUUGCUGGUAGAUGUUGUUUUUUCAUGCUGAUCUGUAUGGAAGCUUAUUUCAUAAUAAACUUUAACUUUUUUUUUUUAUUCUGUCGCAGAAAUAAGCUUCAAUAGAUGUGAGACCAGUUUCCUUGUGUCUGAUUAAAUAGUAAUGCAACUUCUGAUCAGUGCGAAGACGGUUUGAAGCAUUGUCUAGUGGCCUUUUUAAAGCGUGUUCUGCAUUGCCUUAUGUGUGUUGUACCUGAGGGAAGUGAGGUGCAGUAUAUUUCCUCUUGCGCUAAUCAAAACUUGACCCUUUUACACACUUAUAUUAACUGGUCUUUUCUCUUGUUACACUUCUUUUUCCUCUAGCAUAUAUUUUUCACUUCUUUUAUAUUUGUUUCAGCCAGGAUUGGUUAUAAUUACCCAGUUAUUAUCGUGUGGGUUUCUUCAGGUAGGAAAUGUAGCACUAUAUAUUUUUGGUUUUGAAAACCUGGAAAAUUUGGAUAGUAGACAAAAGUCAGUUUUCUGGCUGAUUGAGAAUGCAAUAUUCAGUACACUGCAUUAGAUUCAUGUCCUGUCAUUCGUUGGAUCUCCUCAGAGGUUUCAGUAAUCUAACAUUGUGCCUUGCAGAAUCACUGAUUGUAUCAUCCGACAUGGAUGUAAGUAAUACUCUGUAAUCUGUACAGAACAUGACUGAAGUAUGAGUUUAUUAAAAAGUCCAGCACUUACAUCCUCA